AUGGGAGAGACUAAUGCAUGUGAGGAUGUCUUGGCCACUUAUGGAUGUGUAGCUUUGUGGUUAAAGCUUGUCAUCCCAGAUGGAGAUGAAAGCGCACUUGUUAGCCUGUUCGAUGCAGCAGAAACUCUUAUCGGGUGUCCAGCUGCUGAAUUUGCCGAAUCCAAAAAACGGGCUGUCUAUGAGCAUCACCCACGUCCAAAUCAACUGAUUGGGGAGAAUGAUCUACCACAGAAGCUUCAAAAUUUCAUUGAGGACAGCAGAGAUGGGCAGAGGGCAGAGUUCUGGUGGCCAAGUUUUGGUGAAGCAGAUGGCCACUUCUUUGAUUAUAUCAGUUCUGUUCUGUGA